GGUGACUUGCUUCGUGUCGUUAUGUCCGGACGCGGGAAGCAGGGUGGCAAGGCUCGCGCCAAGGCCAAGACGCGCUCGUCGCGGGCCGGGCUGCAGUUCCCGGUGGGCCGCGUGCACCGCCUGCUCCGCAAGGGCAACUACGCCGAGCGGGUGGGGGCCGGCGCGCCGGUGUACCUGGCGGCCGUGCUGGAGUACCUGACGGCCGAGAUCCUGGAGCUGGCGGGCAACGCGGCCCGCGACAACAAGAAGACGCGCAUCAUCCCGCGCCACCUGCAGCUGGCCAUCCGCAACGACGAGGAGCUCAACAAGCUGCUGGGCCGCGUGACCAUCGCGCAGGGCGGCGUCCUGCCCAACAUCCAGGCCGUGCUGCUGCCCAAGAAGACCGAGAGCCACCACAAGGCCAAGGGCAAAUAAGGUCUCCCUAGCAACUUGCAAACCAAAGGCUCUUUUCA